CUGGUGGAUGAGUGAGACAGAUCCAAUAGAAUCAGAAACUCCAUUCAUCAAUAAAAACCUCUACCGGGGUAAAAGCAACGAAGAAUAUGCAAAAAUUGCUGAUUUGGAUAAACUACUACAAGCUACACACACUCUUGAAGAUUCAUUAAACAGAAACAUCAGAUUAAUCAACAGGAGAGCAAACAGCAAUACAAAUGCUAUAAAUCAAAUGGCAAUGGAAGUGAACACACAUUUAUCAACAGUAAACUCAAAAGUGGCAUUAAUCUCUUCUAAAGUCGAUAAGUUUAAUGAAAAUAAAAAUAAUGGGGAAAACACAGGAAUUGAGGAAAUCGAACCAUUAAAAUUGGAAUUAAACAUGUUAAGCCUGUUAGACAAAGAGGGAGCCACAACCACAUACAGGGAAGAGUCUGUAGUGUCUUUUGACUCUUGGGCCCAGAAAUUCACUGACCUAAUGGAUUGUGCCCCCACUACUUGGGACGAAAAAACAAAAAUACAUAGACUAAAAUUAUACCUUGAGGGAACAACUAGAAUCAUUUUCGAUAAAUUAGAGGAAAAUGAAAAAAGAACAGUAAAAGAGGCCCUAGCUUCUAUAAGGAAAAGAUUGACAGCCCCGCAUAGAAGGGAAUUAUUCAAACGUGAGCUUACUCUAUGUAGACAAAGACCAUCUGAAACGGUUUCUGAGUUUAUGAAACGUCUAACCCCAUUAGUAAAAGCAACUUUCGAAAAUGAAACUGAAGAACAACAACAGGCAAAAAUAAGGGAUGAAUUUUUAGAAAGAUUAAAACCCAAUAUUAGUUUUUUGAUUAGACUUGUAGGAACCGCUACGAGUCUGGAUGAACUCUACAUUAAGGCACAGGAAAUUGAAGCGCUUUUAGCCUCUGGAAAUGAUUCACAAGAAGAAGCGUUAAAACGAGCCAUAAAUGCUAUACAACCGCAAGUUGACCACUCCACUAAUCAGAAUAUAACCUCAUGGACUCCCAUCUCAAAUAAUAAUAACAGAGUUCCAAAUAAUCUAUCGUACCAAAACCAACCUCAAAGACCUUUUGGCACUAAUCAAAGACCAAACAAUAAUUAUCGAAAUUUCAGGCGUGGUGGCUCUGCAAACCAAAGAAAUGGAAGAUACCAAAACAACCGCCGAGGAUAUGGGGAAAGAAACUGGAGUGGGCGACCUAUGUGUACGCAUUGUGGCGUGACUGGGCAUAUUGCAUACAAUUGUUGGAGAAGGAAACAGAUGCCAACAAACAGCAAUGCAGUGGUUAGAGGUGGGCGAAAUUUCUCAAAAAAUAGAGCAAAUAUGGGACUAGGAGAUAACAAGGGUAUAAACAUGAUUCAAUCCUCAAACAAACAAUAUACGGACACGCACACAUUUAUGACGAGUAUGAACAACCAGCCAACUUAUUCCCCGGGCUCUUCAAACACUCUUUCCCAAGGGUAUUAUCACACGUCCCCGCAAGUAUUUUAUCAAGGUAACCCAAUGAACAAUUAUCCGAAAGAAAUUCAAGUGUAUCCGCAGAGUGUAGAAACCUCCACAUUAUCAAGUCAAAUGCAAAAUAUGAACUUAUAUGAGUCCGCAAAGUGUAGUGCACCUGUUGAAUAUAAAAGUCAGGGUCAAACGAAUAGAACAGAACCCAUUCUCAACCGGGAACCAUACAACGUUGAAUCAAGUAUAUCUGAUUGGGAACAAACCUCCACAGCUCCUAAAAUGAAACAGCUAUUUUACAUAACACUAACGUUGAUGAUGUUUAUGCUCCCAAUAGCUAAUGCAGAUAUACCAUUUCCCAAAUAUCCUCUUAUAUGCCAAAAUAGAGAACACGGGAUACUCUGGAACCUUCCUAAAUUUCCUGGAUGCCCUGAACAAAAUACAAAUUUGUCAAAAAGUCCUAUACCGCAAAGAAGGCGAAUAUAUUCUCCUAAUAACCUGGAACAUACCGCAAAGGCGUGGGCAUGCAGAAAAGUUAGAAAAGCAAUGGCGAAAUAUACCUCACUCACAGGAGUUCAUAUUGAGAAACCUCUAAGUAUUGACCCAAUCAUAGUAACACAUGAAGAAUGUAAAAAUAUGAUUAAAUACAAAAAAUGCGAAUGGGGAAUUCUGAAGCAGGAGGGGGAGUUAUUUCAUACCGACUUUAAAUUAGACUUAACACCAAGGACGUGGCUUUUAGGAUCAUUUAAUUGGGAAAGGGUGUACACUGAAAAUUGUUACCUCUUUAAAACUCCAAUCACUUCAAGGUUUGGCGAGAAAAACAUUCAGACCCCAUUAGAGGAAAACAUUCAAUGCACUUAUAAAAAGGGGUCUUGUUCUUUAACUGAUGGAACACAUUUAAUAUGGGAGAUAGUCCCGGAAGCUAACUGUGAAUAUCUAUCUAUAGGGGAUUAUGAUGGUUUUGUAAUUGACAAUUUGUGGAUUGCGUCCCAGCACCCACUUGCCCUUACUGAUAUAAAAACAAAGAAUACGGGCACAAACUGUGGGCAAAAAGUAAAUCCAACAGAGCAGGGUCUAGCAUACCUCAUAAUUCAGGAAAAAGUUAAGCCAAUAUAUAAACGGAAUAAAAGGGCACUAGAGGGGAUAGUGACAGCAAGCCAACUAGCCUCUGAAUUGACAUACUUACACACGCAAUUAUCAAGCACGCUAUCGUUUACCUUCUCUCAUACAAUGAAGACUUUGUGUGAUUUUAUGGAAAAUACUUGGAGAUGGGCUGAACUAGCACUACUAACUGACCCUACAAUACUAGCACGAACAAUAUUUAAUAACCCAGACAUACAUGCAGAAAGAAUGGGAUUCAAUCUUAUAAAAGUAUGGCCUUGUAUUCCUAUCACACAUGAACAAUUCCGGUUCGUCCCCACUGGCUCUGUAACAGAAUGUUUUGAACAUUUACCUAUUAGCUUUAUCUCACAAAAGCAACAGCAUUUUGCGUUUAUAGACCCUAAAACAAUGAAGAUUGUUCACGAUGCCCAUAAGACUGACUGUGCAAUGUCGCGUUUAAUAAUAAUCCAAUUAGAGAAUGAUACAUUUGAAGUAGACCAGGUAACCGCGACUAUGCGAAAGAUAAAUCCAAGGAACCAUGAAACGUUUAAUCCUCGUUUUGAAAAAAUACAACCUCUAUCUAGUCAAGCCUUUCACCAAUUGGUAUUAGUAAAUAUCUCAGAUAUUAACACUCAUGCCCAUUUAAGUAAUGCAUUUAAAAUUAGUGAAAUAACUUACCAAAUAAGACAGAAAGACACCAAAAUUAUAGCAGAAUUUUCGAACACAUGGCAAAAAGCAAAAAGUGAAUUUAGUAAUCACAUCUUUGGUGACUGGACCCAUGAAUGGAGAAUCUUUAUAACUAUAAUAACUUGUAUAUCGCUGAUUGAUUUCACCCUAAGGUUGCUAGUUAUUAUGAUGCAAAGAUACUUAGGUAAUGGAAUAAUAAGGGAUAUACUAAUUGGACAAAAAUACAGGACCCAACACAAACCAAAGGAAGCAAAAAGCAAUGUAGACCGGCCAAAACAAAUAUUAACCCAAACUAUAGAAUUAAAAGAAAUAAACCCAGAAAUCAAAUACACUCCGAUCCUUCCGCAGGAGCCUAAGGGGUUAAAUCUUCUCGCAAUAAAAGGACACAGUCAGUCUCUUCCUACCACUACUGUAAUGAUAAAUAAUGUAAAAUUAAGGUGUCUCUUGGACACGGGAGCAAGCAUAUCAGUAGCACCCAUUAAUCUGGCAAUUAAAAAUAAUUGGAACUUAGUGCCUACAAAAGCAGAAGCAGUUAGUGCUUCAGGUCAUGCAAUUAGUGCGCUUAAUAAAGGGGAAGUAAAAGUAAUAUUAGGUAAUAUUGAAUGCAACACCUCAAUAUUCUUCAUAGACAAUAACAUAUUUGAGGAUAAAAACUUUGACUUAAUUCUAGGAUGCGAUGUAUUUGAACUGUGGCCCUCCCUAACCUUUGAUUUUAAAAAUAGAAAAUUUAAAAUAGGGGAAGAUGAAAAGGAAAAAUAUGAACCAGUUAAGGAAGGUUGUUUUAAAAUAUCAGUAAAAGAAGCACUUUUGAUAAAACCGAAUUCACAAACAAUUAUUGAGGGAAGGUUAGACGAACACUCAGCAAGCAAGCAAGCAUAUUUUAUAAACAAUCUUGAUGAGAAAAUAAGUCAAAUGCAUUUAGGAACAAUCCCAACUAUAUCUGAGUAUAAUAACAAUGCGCUAAAAAUAUUAGUUCUCAAUCCCACUCAAAGCCCGAUUAAAUUGUAUAAAAAUCAGACAUUAGGUAAAGCAUGGAAAAUAGAAGGUGAAAUUGAAACAGGCAUAUUUACGUUGGAAAAUGACAAAAAACUAGAAUCACAAGAAAAUGAAAUAGACCCAAAAUUUGUAAUUGACUAUAGUAAAUGUUCAGUAGAUCAGAAUGAUUUAGGAAAACUUAAAACAUUAUGUGAAGAGUUUAGCGAUAUUUUUAGUAAAAAUCAAUACGACCUCGGCUCGUAUACAGCGGGAGAAUUCGAUAUAAUAACCACAACUCAGGAUCCAGUAGCAGUAGGUCCAAGGAAAACCCCAUUUAAAUAUAGGGAAGAAUUACAUAAACACAUUGAUCAGCUUACCAAAGCAGGUGUUAUGGUUGAAUCGGACACACCGUGGUUAACACCAUUUGUUAUAGUACAAAAGAAAGAUGGUGGAAUAAGGCCGUGUCUUGACUUUAGGAAAUUGAAUGAAAUAACAGUACCAGAUCAUUACCCUCUUCCUAGACUUGAGGUAAUCAUGGAGAAAGUAGGAAAUUGUAAUUAUUAUAGUUCUUUAGACUUAGCAAGCGGGUACUUGCAAAUAAAAUUAACAGAAAAUGCUUCUAGGAAAUGCGGGGUUAUAACUGAGGAUAACGUAUACCAAAUGACCCAUAUGCCAUUUGGCUUAAAGAAUGCCACAGCAGCUUUUUCCAGAGCAAUGGCUAAUGUGCUUAGUGGAUUAGAACACGUAAUUUCAUAUGUAGACGAUAUCUUAAUUUACACUAAGUCCCUUGACUUUGAUGAACAUUUACUCACUUUAAGAAAAGUCUUUGAACGUUUUCGCUUAUUCAACCUCAAAUUAAGUCCUAAAAAAUGCACAUUCGCAACGCGAAAAAUGAAUUUUUUGGGAUACACUCUUGACUCUAACGGGUAUCAUCCAAACCUUUCUAGAAUAGAAAUAAUAAAAAAUUUACCGAAUCCGACAAAUGUAAAAGAAAUUAAAAGAGUAGUAGGAAUGGCAUCUUUUUACAGAAGACAUAUACCGAAAUUCUCACAUUGGGUCGAACCAUUAACACGACUAACAAAAAAGGAAGUAAAAUUUGAAUGGGGGGAAGAACAACAAAAAGCAUUUAACAAAAUAAAAGAAUUAUUAACAAAUUACCCUAUACUAAAAUUCCCUGACUACAGUAAGCCAUUCCAUAUAUUUACUGAUGCCUCUAUGGUUGGACAGGCUGGGGUCCUGAUGCAAAGGGAUGAAGAAAAUAAAACAUACUCUGCUAUCUCCUAUUGUAGUCGAACCCUAUCGUCCUCUGAAAGAAAAUGGCCACCAGUCCAAAUAGAACUAGGAGCAAUAAUUUAUGCAUUAAGGGAAUUUAAGCCUUAUAUAUUUAUGUCUGACAUUGAACUGCACACGGACCAUAAACCCUUGUCAUAUCUUUUGAAAAAGGCAGAAGCUCACCCAAACCUGGCCCGCUGGCUAAUAGAGCUACAAUCUUACCAAAUAAAGAUAGUUCAUAUAGAGGGCAAACAAAAUUCUUUAGCUGACGCAUUAUCAAGAAUUCAAGAAGAAACACAAACAGAAAUUAAAAAUAUAGAAGAAUUAAAGGAUAUAGCAGAAUUCCCCGUAUGUCUAAAUAUUCAGCAAAAAACUAGAAUCGCGUCAGACUCAUUUAUCAAUACAUUAGUGGUGCGAAAUAAAGACGAGAACCCAUACACAAUAGACAUAAAAGAAGAGCAGUUAAAUGACCCAGAGGCAAAAGCAUUUAUCAAAUUUUUAUCAGAUGGGGAGAUACCAGAGGGUUUUAGUGAAACGGAAAAAGAAAACUUUUCUGAAAAAGCAAAGAACCUAUACAUAGAAAAUGAACUAUUAAUUUUUAAAACACCAGGAUCUCAAGCAAAAAUCUUUGUUCCCACCAACCUCAGAUCUCUAGUAUUUGACUCAUUCCACUCUUCUCAGUUAGGAGGAGGACAUCUAUCAGUAAAGAAAACAUUAAAGAAAUGUCAAAAAUAUUAUUGGCCAAAAAUGCAUUCCGAUAUAGUAACUUGGACCAAACAAUGCAUUACGUGCCAACUGAGACAUUCUCCCACACCAGCUUAUAGAGCUGAAAUGAAUAUGGUACCUGCUGACACUUUAUUCUCAAGAGUAGGAUUAGACCUGGCAGGACCAUUUCCAAUAACUGAAAAUGGUAAUAAAUACAUACUAAACAUAAUCUGUUGGUUCUGCAAAUAUGUGAUAUCUGUACCGCUCCCUGACGCAAAAGCAAACACAAUAGCCAAAGCCUUUUUAACAAAUUGCUACCUUAAAUUUGGUGGGUGUGUAGAAUUAAUUUCUGAUAACGCGACGGCUUUCACCUCAGACUUUUUUAAAGCGUUUUGUAAUAUGUUAUAUAUAAACAAAACGUAUGCUAUUCCGUACUGGUCGCAGGGCAAUGCGCAAAAUAUAUAACAA